AGUGAACUUUGAAUGUACUGAGAUACCAAAGCUGCAAGUGUACCGGAGCAGAAAGCCCGCGACAUCGUGCAAGUGCCUCAGCGAUCUUUGCUCCACUCGGAAUGGCAUUUAAGCCGCACGCUGCAUAGAUUACUCACUGGAGAUCGGCCCGAACCAUUAUAACGAUCUGGGACGCUACCAUGGCAGCGGGGGACUUUAUAUCGCAAUGAGUGGACUAUUAAAUACUAUUUAAUAAUAUUAAAAUCAUUGCUGAAGCUAAAACCCUUUUAUCCCAAAUCACUAGACGUGCUCGGCUUCUAUUCCCAACUCCCAGUGUAGCCCUGACGCAAGGGGGAUUUUCAAACCCGUCGUCACCCCCAGCGCCUCUCAAGGAGAGAAUGCCUCAGACGCCAACUCUUGUAGCCAUGUUUGACAGCAGCGGUUUUAACCGGAACUUAAAUCAAUGUAAAGAAGAGGGCUGUUCUGACCUGUAUUACCAAGAUAAUAACCUGCUUUCUGGAUCUCUGGAAGCACUCAUCCAACACUUAGUGCCCAACGUUGAUUACUAUCCGGAUAGAACGUAUAUCUUCACCUUCUUGUUGAGUUCUCGGCUGUUCAUACAUCCCUUUGAACUAAUGGCUAAAGUCUGCCAUGUUUGUUUGGAACAGCAAAAAUUAAACGAGCGUGGAGCUGAUAAGAGUAAUGUAAGAAAAAUUGCUCCGAAAAUCCUUCAGCUUCUUACAGAAUGGACAGAGACAUUCCCUUAUGAUUUUAGGGAUGAGAGAAUGAUGCGAAAUCUGAAAGACACUGCUCACCGAAUAACAAAUGGAGAUGAGAUGUACCGAAAAAAUGUACAGCAGAUCAUCCAGAAUCUUAUCCGCAAGUUGACCGCACUAAGUCAAUAUGAGGAACUGAUUGCAAAAAUCAAUGCACAGUCCACUGAUCGUAUGACUAUCCUCAAGAACAAACCACAGUCCAUACAAAGGGACAUCAUCACAGUAUGCAGUGACCCCUACACCUUAGCCCAACAGCUCACUCACAUAGAGCUGGAGAGGCUAAGUUACAUUGGACCAGAAGAAUUUGUCCAAGCAUUUGUGCAGAAGGAUCCAUUAGACAAUAAUGAGAGCUGCUAUGGUGACCGAAAGAAGACCCGGAAUCUAGAGGCAUAUGUUGAAUGGUUCAAUCGUCUUAGCUACUUGGUGGCCACGGAGAUCUGCAUGCCUGUGAAGAAAAAGCACAGAGCACGGAUGAUAGAGUUCUUCAUUGAUGUUGCCCGAGAAUGCUUCAACAUUGGAAACUUUAAUUCGCUAAUGGCGAUCAUUUCUGGCAUGAACAUGAGCCCAGUGUCCAGGCUUAAGAAAACGUGGGCGAAGGUCAAAACUGCCAAGUUUGAUAUUCUUGAGCAUCAGAUGGAUCCUUCUAGCAAUUUUUACAACUACAGAACAGCUCUGCGAGGAGCAGCUCAAAGGUCGCUAACAGCUCACAGCAACAGAGAAAGGAUUGUGAUCCCCUUCUGUAGUCUUCUAAUCAAAGAUAUCUACUUCCUGAAUGAGGGUUGCACCAAUUGUCUUCCAAAUGGUCAUAUCAAUUUUGAAAAAUUCUGGGAGCUAGCAAGGCAAGUGAGUGAGUUCAUGACUUGGAAGCAGGUUGAGUGCCCUUUUGAAAAAGACCGGAAAAUUCUGCAAUAUGUACUGACAGCUUCCAUCUUCAGUGAGGACGCACUCUAUUUGGCCUCUUAUGAAAGUGAAGGUCCUGAGAAUAAUAUUGAAAAGGACAGAUGGAAGACUAUGAGGUCAGGGCUUUUGGGCAGAGUCUAAUGUGUAAAAUGCCUACGUGUGAAGAAGGCCAUUAUUUAUGGACACAUAUUGCACUGAGUGGGAUUUGAGUGAUGACAGCUGAGUAGGCAGCUGAAACUUUACCUCACAGUGGAGGUAAAUCAUGACAGAUUGAGAGCAGACAAGCAGAAGAAAUGAAUUUCUGGUGACUGGACCAUGAAACCUACUUAGGACAUUAAUAAUGGAAUACUUCACAGUCCCCAUUAUGCUGAGUUUUCCUUUCUCUGUAGCAUAUUUAGAACUCUUACUGGACUCUGCAACAUGCUUAUCGAUCUAAACACUGCUUCCAGCGAUGCCAUGUACACUAUAACAAACACACGAAAUAGAAGAAAACUGAAACGAAGAAAGGAUUUUCUGCGUGAUCUUGGACAGCCACUCGCUGGCGGGGGUUCCUAACCCGUAGACACUUGUUUCUUUUCUUAAAGUUCAUAUUUACUGCUGGAUGGUAAAUAAUGUGAACAAUAUCAUUUACUGGAAAACAAUGAUAAUUGGAAAUUGCCCACAGCGGUCUGCUUCCCAAUGGUACAUAGCUAAAGCUAAUUUUGACUGCGAUGGAACCUGUGGACUCUUUCAUUGGACUUUUAUUAUAAUAGAGAAAUCUGUUUACAAACACUGUAUAUUUUUGUCGUCUUUUUCCCCCAACCAUUUUGCAGUCCCUUGUAAUAUUUUGUUAUAUAUGCUGUAUAUUUUUUUCCCUAUUUAUUACUACAUGACCUGUGCAAAACUGAAUGGUACAAAAGUGCACUGAAGGCAUUACUGAAGCGAUAUCCUGUAUUUUGUUCAACAUUUUUAUAAGAAUUAUUUUUUUAUAAUUGGGCUUUAUUUCAUAAACAUCAGCUUUUAGAGUU